AUGUCCUCCGCGUCCGAGAUCCUGUCGAACUGCUUCAAAGCAGGCGUCGACUACCCGAUCUUGAACUACGUCUCCUCACUCUGGUCGGACCCGCAAGCCGAUCCGAACGAUGAUCCGGUGAGGACCUUCAUCCGACCUUUACUCGAAGGCGAACAAAUCGAAGCUCGAACGAUCGAUCAAGUUUGUGAGGCCUUACAAGCUUUGUGGGUCGCGCGGACGGGGGGGAUGAAGAAGGGUACGAGUGGGAAGGGGGAACCGACCAAGUUGGAGAACGUGUUGGAUAUGAGGAGGCAGGAGGCUUUGAGUAAACGACAGACCGUGACGCAGGUGGUCGAUAUCGCUUCGGUCGUGAGUGCAUUAAAACGAGCACUAUGCGGGGGUGAGGAUAGAUAUGCUGAUAUGGUCGCCUUCGCGAUGCGCCACUUUCGCCACUCGAUGCGCAUACCCGCCCUCACCACCACAAAGGUCAAAGCACGCGACACCCAAGUCAACCUCAAAGCUCUCGAAAAAGCCGAAGCCAAGAUCGCCGCCAAGAUGGCCAAACGAGAUCGCAAGAACGCGUACGAAUCCUCCAAACUACUCGACGCCGCCAAGGCCCAAAAAUCCUACGAGGAAUUGUUCCUCGAAGUGAACCCUUUGCAGAGCGCGAGUCAGAACAAGGGCAAGAGUAAGGAUAUUCAUUUGGAGAAUAUCGAUGUUAGCUUUGGUUCGUUGAGGAUCUUGAGUAACGCGACGUUGACGCUGCCCCAUGGACGGUAAGUCGGAGGUCGAGCGCAGGGUAGAGCGCAGGGAACUGAUACCUGACCUUGCUUUGACCUAGACGAGCCGGUUUGAUCGGUCGCAACGGUAUCGGAAAGUCGACGCUGUUGCGCGCGAUGGCGUUGCGAGAAGUCGCGAUCCCGCAACACAUCACGAUCCUCUACGUUCAACAAGAAGUCAUCGGCGACGACACCCUCGCGAUCGAUUCCGUCCUUCAAGCCGACGUUCAUCGUACGCGCCUCAUGACCGAGGAAGCUGAGCUCAAUGCGACCCUGCAAUCGAUGGAAGAUGCGGCGGACCAAGCCGAAGCUUCGGCAAAGGAGAACGGCGCUCUCCCGGCACAAGACGAGGCUUCCUCCUCCGCCGAAGCAAAGAAGAAGGAUCGCAAGAGGGACGAAGUCACCGCUCGAUUGGGAGAAGUUCAGAACAUCUUGGUCGAGAUCGAUGCCGACUCGGGACCGAGUCGUGCGGCAGAGUUGUUGGCCGGUUUAGGGUUCUCGGCUUCGGAUCAAAAGUUGCCGACGAGGGCUUUCUCCGGUGGAUGGAGGAUGAGGUUGAGUUUGGCGCGUGGUACGUUCGACGCUCCAUCGGUAUUCUCGGUAGGGUCUUUUUCUGAUCACACAGGUCGGAAACAUCCUCACAGCAUUGUUCUGCAAGCCCGAUUUGCUCUUGCUCGACGAACCUUCCAACAACUUGGAUCUCAACGCACUCGCAUGGUAAGUACACGUCUGUGGCUCUAAACCUUGGACCCAAUGACACUGAACAGUCUCUACUACCCCCGCUCCUUCCCCAGGCUCGAAGACUACUUGCAAACCUGGCCCUCGACGCUCUUCGUCGUCUCCCACGAUCGAGCCUUCCUCGACGCCGUCGCAACGGACAUCAUUCACCAACACAACGAACGCCUCGACUACUACAAGGGCAACUUUACCCAAUUCUACGCGACCAAGUCGGAGAGGGCUAAGCAGCAGAGGAGGGAGUACGAUGCGCAGGAACAGUACAAGCAGCACUUGCAGGCUUUCAUUGAUCGGUGGAGGUGUGAGUACUCCCGCGUGGGAGCGGAAGUGAGUGGGGGUGCUGACGCUUCAUUCCUUGUGAACGAUAGACAACGCGAACCGAGCCGCGCAAGCUCAAAUGAAGAUCAAGAUUCUUGAAAAACUGCCCGACCUCGAACCCCCCGAAGAAGACGAUGUCGUCACUUUUAAAUUCCCCGAAACAGACAAGAUCUCCCCACCGCUCCUUCAACUCUCCGACGUAUCGUUCGGGUACACGAAGGACAAGCCUUUGUUGAAGGAUGUGAAUGUGGAUGUCGGGUUGGAUUCGAGGAUGGGCUUGAUUGGAGCUAACGGAGCGGGCAAGUCGACGCUGUUGAAAUUGUUGAUUGGGGAGUUGCGGCCUACGAGUGGGCAGCAGACGAGGAAUGGGAGGUUGAGGAUCGCCUGUAAUUCUUGUGGUUUUGUGUUCGUCGUCGUCGUCUCCGGGCUCGUGAACUGACAAGGGUGUUUUUCUUGGGUGUGGUGUAGAUUUUGCGCAACACCACAUCGACUCGUUGGACCUGACGGUCAACAGCGUGCAGUUCCUCGCCAAGAUGUUCCCCGGCAAGUCCGAGCAAGAGUAUCGUCAACACUUGGGUGCUUUCGGAAUCACGGUGCGUUGCUACCACCAUGAUACUCGGCUUCGUGGGAUGGUGCGGCUGAUGUAUGUGGGAGUUGGUUCGUGAUACAGGGUAUGACGAGUUUGCAGCUCAUUGGAACGCUGUCCGGAGGUCAAAAGAGUCGUGUUUCGUUCGCUACUUUGUCGUUGCAACAACCUCAUGUGAGUAUUGCCCUGACCACUCGUUUCAUUCUGCAUUUCUCCCAUAAAGAGUCUGACACGACUUUUUACUUCACGCACCAGAUCUUGCUGCUCGACGAACCGACCAAUCAUCUCGAUAUCGAAGGUUUGGACGCGUUGAUGAACGCGCUCAAGGCAUGGAAUGGUGGUGGUGAGUUUGGAGGAUGAUUUCCUGAUCCCAUUCCGCACCGAGGUUGACAUUGUUUUGUCAUCUUUAGUGAUCGUCAUCUCCCACGACUCGACCUUUUUGCAUACGUGAGUACCCGACUCAGCACUCUAUCUUUUGCGGGUGCUUAGUCACCCGAGUUCGUUCUCACAGUGUGUGCGAUCAGCUGUGGGUCUGCGCGGAUCAAAAAGUCGAAAAGUUUUAUGGCGAUGGUCAGUCGUCGAAUGGGUUUGCUUGUAAUGAUGUUUCGAUGUUGAUGGUUUUUUUUUGGUUGCGCGUAUAUACAGUCACGGAGUACAAGAACAUUAUCGUACGUACUUUUGUGCGUGACUCGCACCCAGGUUCCGAGCUGACCGGCGCGCGCUCUCUCACUCACCGUUGGUACAGGUCAACAAUGCCAAGAACAAGCCCACGUAG